UCCAUAGAGAAUUUGAUACGUAUCCUGCCAUGUCACUUUCACAUCCCUGAAAAACCCUUUCUUAUAUACCAUUAAUACCACGCGCCUCGCCAUUUUUCAACUGAGAGAGAGCUCGAAGAACUCGAUCCCCUUCAAUAUUCUCCACUAUAUAUACAAAUUGCUCUCUCAAGCUUGACUUCGAAGAGCAAUUGAAGAUGAGUCUUUCAGUGGCGCAGGGGUUUACGAAGUCUCUGGCGAUGACAGUGCUGUCUGAGAUCGGAGACAAGACUUUCUUCGCCGCUGCGAUCUUGGCGAUGCGUCAUCCUAGGAGACUCGUCUUGUCAGGCUGCCUUGGGGCUUUAACUGUAAUGACCAUUCUGUCUGCCGUUGUUGGUUGGGCUGCUCCCAAUUUGGUGUCUCGCAAAUGGACCCAUCAUAUUACAACACUGCUGUUCUUGGGAUUUGGAGUAUGGUCUUUGUGGGAUGCAUUUCAUGAUGGGGAAGCUGAGGAUUUGGAUGAAGUUGAAGCCCAGCUGGACGCUGAUCUAAAAGCUAAUGGUGGAGAAACCAAGGAGAAGAAUCAGGAUUCUGAUGAUUUAAAGAAGCAGAGGCAGCCUCUUCUCGCUCAAUUCUUCUCACCCAUCCUUCUGAAGGCAUUUUCAAUUACCUUCUUUGGUGAAUGGGGUGACAAGAGCCAGCUUGCUACCAUUGGUUUGGCUGCCGAUGAGAAUCCACUAGGAGUUGUUCUUGGAGGAAUACUGGGACAAGCCUUAUGUACUACAGCUGCCGUCCUAGGAGGGAAAAGUCUUGCAUCUUCAAUAUCUGAAAGAAUAGUGGGACUUGCUGGUGGAUCUCUAUUCAUUGUUUUCGGAAUUCAGUCCUACCUUUCAACAGUCGAGUAACCAUGUCGUUUAUCUUACGAAUAUUUACCCUGUUCUCCGGAAGUGAAUGAUAGUCUAGAUGCACAUUUCGUUUGCUGAAGUCCUCAGUAUGAAAGGUACAACAACUACAUAAAAGCAAGCAAAUCGGGGAAACACUAUCCAAUUAGAUAUUUGUUCCGUUAAUUUAGAUUAAGGCUCCGCGUCUGGUCCAAGGCAGGCAGCCACUAUUUUUAACCUUUUCGCUGAAAGGCAAAUAUGUAGACUCUAUUUGCUUAUGAUAAGCUUGUUCUCGUU